GUUUCUGUUGAUCUUCGUGAUAAUGUCGGUGUUCUUAAAGCAAGGAUCGGAGAAUCAGUGCGGUUAUCAUGUGUUUAUUUUGCGUGGCCCGAGGCUGAAGUGGUUUGGUUCAGAAAUGACUCGAGGGCCGGGCGAGGAGCUAUUCUCGAGUAUGAGGCCAAAGUUGCGGGUGAGCCUUGGUUUGUGCACUGCGAAGUGCGAAAUUCUGUGGGAUCCGUGCAAUCAACGUGUCUUUCGAUUGAUGUAUCAGAUCCCCUGCGAUCACUGUCACCAUUUAUGGGCAGCGUGAAGAUUGCUGUGAUUGUGGAAAACUAUUCCUAUUCUGCGGAAACUUCGAAAGGGUGUGGCACUGAAGUCAAAGCGUUGAAACAGGCGAAAAAGGAAAUGACCAGUCUGAUAUCUGGCUGGGAGUCUGUGGGAUUCGUGGUUCUAUCCUUCGUGAAAUUACUGGCCUCGGAGAUACAAGUUCUUGCGAGUAUGCUCUCGGCUUUGCUUCCAUCUGGCGCCUAUGGUAAGCUGGUCAAUGGUUAGCUGGAGAAUUCGAAUGAAAAUCGACCUGAUACAAUCUAGUAUUGUAUUAAGGUUCUCUGUACUGCGAAUGGUCAAGCAGGUAAAUUUUUUUUGAUUUUCCUCCAGCUAAAGAAAUCAAAUGAAAAUCCAUCUGAUGCAAUCUUUUCAGUGCCAAAAAAAUGAAAAAUAUGGGAUAAAGGUAGACUCUCUCAUCUGCAACAAUUUUGUCUGCAACAAUUUUCUCCGGACUGUAUAGCAAAUUUUCUUUUGGUUCCGGAGGGUUACCCAUACUAAAGAAGUAUUGUAUAAAGGUUAUCUAUACAGUACAGUACUACGAAUAUUCAGUCUGCUUAAUGUUUUCUUUUUUCAGCUGUAGAAUUUUAAAGAAAAUCCAUGUGACACAAUCUUAUCAGUGCACAGAAGAGCAAGUUGGGGAUAAAGGUAAAAUCUCUCAUCUGCAAUGAUUUUGUCUGUACCAGUGUACCUCAACCCAUGGUCUGCAGAGCGGCGGCUGUCUGCAGAAGUUUUUUGCUGGUCCGUGCAUACUAAACUCAUCAAAACUGUCAAUGAAGGAUGUUACAGUAUUUUUAUCUGAAAUUUUUGCAAGACAAUUGCAGUUAAAAUUAUCUAAUGAAAAAUAAUGCUGUAGUUGGCUUUUCUCCAAAUAACACUUCAGACAACUUUUCAUGUGAUGAUAUGCAUUCUUAAAAUGUUUCAUUCUGAGAAACUUUUGUUCAAGCCCACCUUUCUAAUUUUUUUGAAGACAUUCCACUUUACCUGCUUCAUUGGUUCUCCAGUUGCUUAUUUUUAAUUUAAAAAAAAAACUGGAGAAAAAGUCACUGGAGAAGAAGUCCCUCUGUGCUGGAGGUAAUAUUUUUAAAUUAGCCGAAUGACUGGGAAAAUGAUGGAAAAAUAUCUAUGAACUUUUCUUGCAUAGAUCUUAGGGUUGGAAAUACAGUAUCUGUUUCUUACAAUUCAGCCUGAUGAAAGUAAUUUUUCCUGAAACUUAUUGGUGAUUUUAUCAUGCAAUGUCCGCAUGUCGAGUCAGUGUCCACAUGUCGGGCCUGUUUUAUGCAUUUUUUAUUGGUAAAUAAAUGUCCCUAUAUGGAAUCGUCCGCAGGUAUGGGUCUCGCUGUAUUUCCUAUGGUAAGGUUAAACAAUUUAAAGGAUGGGCGAAAACCUUUGAUCAGUCGGACAAUUGCCUACAUCUGAGACCCCGAUUUUGUGUCUCUAAAAUGAAAUUGUGCCAUCCUGAAGACAUCGAUUUGUACCUGGGUCCUGGGUCUUCCAAGUUUCACCGCAAUACGAUUGAAAUAAAAUGAAUAAAAGCACCAAUGGACGUGAUUCCGUGAUGCAUUGUUUUCCGCAGUGGUGUUUUUCUUUUCUGGCCACGGUUUUGAAGCGAAACAAAAGCGUUGCUUGAUGGGGAUGGACGGGGUGAGUGUGACGGUGGACUCAAUUGUGGACGAGUUUCAAAGAGCUCAGCCCGCAGCUCUGGUUUUGGUGCUUGACUGUUGUCGCGUGCGGGUCAACGAUUCCUGUGUCAUCGUGGAUUCCUGGAGUUCAUCAUCAUCUUCUUCAAGUCGAACGGAUUCCACCUCGUCGUCUAAUGCUUCCCAUUGCUCGCGGCGAAACAAGGCGAAGAACCUGAUUAUUUUCAGCUCCACUGGAGAAGGCAGCAAAGCGUAUGAAAAUGCCACUUCAAAAAUCGUUGAUCAUUUGCAGAGGCGGGAAACACUUUCGGGUGGAUUUACUCAAGUUCUUAUGGGACUCAAAGUCAAAUAUCAAACGCCAGAUAUCACGUCGUCGUUGACAGAGAACAGGUCCUGGUCAGAUCCAGUGAAUGAAGCUGUCAAGCAGAACUUCAUGGCUGCGUUGGGAUCACAUAUAAGGAAGGCUAUUGCUCUGAAAAAGGGCGACACCGGCUGGGUGUUUGGUGGAGCGCAGAGGAAUGCUUGUCGGUUUCGAUUGCAGUGCUCCGCUUCGUAUGCCUUGAAUGAGAUAGAUGUCGCUGUGAUGCCUAGCCCGGGUGUAUGGAAAAUAUCGCCUGUUCAACCGCAGGGCGUGGAUGUGGAUCGAUUUUGCCAAGAAUCCCUGCAGAAAAUAACGUGGACGUGGGUGAAUUUGCAGCGAGCGGAGCCCUUGAUGAGAUUUGGAUUCGAGGUGAACGACCGAGAUUUCUUUGACUUGCAAUCAUGGAUGCCUUGUUUAAGUGGCCUUUUUCCACCGUCUUCGCAUUAGUUGACCGUUUUAUUUUAUUUCUGCAUCGAUUACAGUAUUGUCCAUGGAUCCAAGAAGAUAUUUUUUGCAAAUAAAAAUAUGGUUUGAAUAUGCGCGCAUGUGAAUUUAAAUUCGUUAUUAGUAACGCAGUGGAUCUUUAAAAAUUAUAAUUGUUUAAGGAAAGUAGUUUCUCUUGCCUUGUUGAUCAUUUGUUGAGUCAACUGGGCUUUCGGGGACGUGGGAAUGGAUGAUGAAUGGAUCUCGUUCAACGUCGGCGGGCAAAUAUUCACCACCACAAGAGCUACUCUCGUAGGAAAAGAGCCGACAUGCAUGCUUGCAAGAAUGUUUUCUCGGGAAACGGAAGAUUUUUGCCUGAAGCCGGGAGUGAAAGAUGCAUCUGGAGCGUAUCUUCUCGACAGGAGUCCGAAGUACUUCGAACCCUUGCUGAAUUAUUUACGUACCGGGAAUUUAGUUUUGGACCAAAGCAUAAAUCCAAGAGGUGUUCUGGAAGAAGCCAAGUAUUUCGGGAUUGAGAGUAUGAUUCCUCUUCUCGAAGCGAUGCAGCCUGUAGCAGUUCCGAAAGACCAGCAACCCCUCACAAGACGGGAUGUUGUGGAGGCGUUGAUUCAGUCUCCUUGCACAUCUCCAUUGAGAUUUCAGGGAGCAAACCUCGAAAACAGCGACAUGGAGCAUAUAAAUCUGAGGGUUGCCAAACUGCGGAAUGCGAAUGUGCGUAACUGUGACCUGAGAGGAGCUUGUCUUGCCGGUGCAGAUUUGGAAGGUUGCGACUUGUCCGGUAGUGAUUUGCAAGAAGCGAAUUUGCGCGGAGCAAAUCUUGACAAUUGUUCGUUGGAAGCCAUGAAGAAUGAAACAGGAGUGAAUUUGAAGGGAGCAAACCUCGAAAACAGCGACAUGGAGCAUAUAAAUCUGAGGGUUGCCAAACUGCGGAAUGCGAAUGUGCGUAACUGUGACCUGAGAGGAGCUUGUCUUGCCGGUGCAGAUUUGGAAGGUUGCGACUUGUCCGGUAGUGAUUUGCAAGAAGCGAAUUUGCGCGGAGCAAAUCUUGACAAUUGUUCGUUGGAAGCCAUGGUGACUCCGAUUCAUAUGUCCCAAACAACCUUGAGAUGA